AUGGUUCGAAACAUCGCUAUUGCGGCCUUGCUGCCAGCUGCCUUUGCUUCAACGCUGCCUAAGCGAGACCCCUGCAGCGUCACUGACUACUCCGGCCUCGCUACCGCCGUCUCAUCUUGCACAAACAUUGUGCUCAACGGUUUCCAAGUCCCCACUGGCAAGGCUCUUGAUCUAUCCAAGCUCAAGGACGGCGCAACCGUUACCUUCAAGGGCAAGACCACGUUUGCCACUACUGCCGAUAACGACUUUGAUCCUAUCGUCAUUAGCGGAAAUGGCAUCACUAUAACUGGUGCAUCUGGCCAUGUCAUUGAUGGUAACGGCCCGGCGUACUGGGAUGGCGAAGGUUCUAACAACAAGGACAACCCAAAGCCCGACCAUUUCAUCGUUGUCAAGAAGACUACUGGCAACUCAAAGAUCACAAACCUAAACAUCCAGAAUUGGCCCGUUCACUGCUUCGACAUCACAGGCAGUUCACAAUUGACCAUCUCAGGGCUCAUUCUUGAUAACAGACUUGGCGACAAGCCUAAUGCCAAGAGCGGUAGCUUGCCAGCUGCGCACAACAGCGACGGUUUCGACAUCUCGUCCAGUGACCACGUUACUCUGGAUAACAUUCAUGUUUAUAACCAGGAUGACUGUGUUGCUGUCACUUCGGGUACAAACAUCAUCGUCUCCAACAUGUACUGCUCCGGUGGUCAUGGUCUUAGCAUCGGAUCUGUUGGCGGCAAGAGCAACAAUGUCGUCAAUGGUGUUCAGUUCUUGGAUUCUCAGAUUGUUAACAGUGAGAAUGGAUGCCGCAUCAAGUCCAACUCUGGCACAACUGGCACGAUUGCGAACGUCACUUACCAAAACAUUUCCCUUACCAACAUCAGCAAGUAUGGUGUCGAUGUCCAGCAGGACUAUCUCAACGGCGGCCCUACUGGAAAGCCCACCAACGGAGUCAAGAUCAGCGGCAUCAAGUUCAUCAAGGUCACUGGUACAGUGGCUAGCUCUGCUCAAGAUUGGUAUAUUCUGUGUGGCGAUGGUAGCUGCUCUGGAUUCACUUUCUCUGGAAACGCCAUCACUGGUGGUGGCAAGACUAGCAGCUGCAACUAUCCUACCAACACUUGCCCUAGCUAG